UUCACGAUUGGUUUCGUGCUUAUCUCAGUGAAUGCAUUGACGCCUUCGACGUACAUAACUCCUGCCGACAAGGACCGGCUAAAAUUAGUGUUUAAUUCGGCUGAAACUCUACAAGAUUUGUCCUUCGCUGCCAAAGGCUUGGGUGUUCUAAAUGAAAAAUUUACCGAUUCAAAGAAAGUUUGUGAAGAUGUGAAGAAAAAUCUGAAAACAAACGACAUAUCUCUGAUAUAUUAUGCAUCGGUUGUCACUAAAAAGUUAGCAGCUGACGGAAUGCCUUGCCAGGUAUCUUGGAGUGAAGCUGAAAGUCUGUUGUCUUCUGCCGUCAAAUCUGGGGCCACGACCCAUACAAUGUUCCAUUCUGUAACAGCUUUAAACAAUCUUGGAAAACCUGUACCCAAAGAUGUUUUAAACCUUCUAACUGAAGCCCUAAAGACUGAGGAUUCACCAUUUGCUUAUGCAAAUGUAUUCUACACUGCCUCAUUGCUGACUGGCGAUUUGAAAAAAGUUCACGAUUUGAUCGAGGACAUCGUUGCACAGGCCGACGAGAUCAAUGAGGAAUAUUUACAGUUUGAGAGUGGACUGAGGCCGACGGCGUCUGUCAUCUACUCAUCGCAUCUACUGUCAGUCGUCGCUAACUUGAAGCCUGCCAUAGCCGAUGAUAAAAUAAUAAAAUUUGCCAACUACCUACUGGCACGAAAGCACACCACGUCGAUAAUUGAUGCAUCACUUGUCAUCUGUGCUGUUCACUCUAUUGCCACUAGUAAGUUCUAUACACCGAUUGCUGUUGCAUUGACUAGCUCGGUUUCGGUGUCUGACAAGAGUCCUGUGAUUUCUGUAAAGGUCGUUGACCUGUUAGGAGGUGCCGUAGAGAAGUUGACGGUAGUUGCGGAAACAGCUCGCCACAUCACUGACAAUGCUGUCAUCCUUAGUAAGAAAACACUUACUCCAUCCAAAACUGAUGUGACCCAGCAUGAAUUGGAUUUGUACCAGUUGAAACCCGCAAUUGGUUUUUAUAGGAUUGUUCUCUCAGCUACUUCAGCCAGGGAAGAUGUCAAACUUUUAGGAAAUCAAGAUGCUGAGGUCAAGGUCAAGGUUAUAACAAGGAUGGCCAUUAAGAAUGUUGAGGUCUUGAUUCAGGAUAGAGAGCAGGGGACGGUUUUGAAGUCCCACAAGUUAGUCCAGCCGAAUAAAGUGACACUGGAGGCGGAUUACCAUCAGAAGUUUGUCGUCAAGUUCAGUAUUGUUGAUUCUGCUACCGAUAAGUUUCUUCAUGCCCACCAAACAUUUGUGAGAUUGCUGAACCAGAAGACCAACCAUGAAGUCAUCUAUGUGGCAGAAGAGGAUGGCCAGGAGACAUAUAAAUUUGAUCUGAAUAUUGGAUUGAAAGGAAAGGACUUCAACGGUUUGUCAGGAAGAUAUCUGGUUGAUUUGAUUGUUGGUGAUGCUAUCAUUGAGAAUCCUCUGUCCUGGACUUUGGCCGAUGUUAAACUGACAUUCAGUGAUGAUGCUACACCACCAGCUUCUGAUCCAUACCUCUAUUCCGCCAAGCCUGAAAUCAAGCAUAUGUUCAGAGAGCCUGAGAAACGACCACCAAGUACGGUGUCAGCAUUUUUCACCGGACUUGUGCUUCUGCCUGUACUCAUUUUACUCGUUUUGUGGAUUAUGAUCGGAGUUAAUGUGUCCAACUUUCCCCUGUCGCUGUUUGCGCUUAUGUUUCACAUUGGCAUUGGAGCUAUCUUUGUUCUGUAUGGAUUGUACUUCUUGCGAUUGAACAUGUUUGAAACACUCAAGUACUUGAGUAUCAUUGGCCUUCCUACAUUCAUCUGUGGACAUAGAACACUGAGCUCCAUUGCUGCAAGAAGAAAAUAAUAUACCGUUCGUUCAGUUGCACACACACUCUACUCUCUCACAAAUGUCCAUACUACGUGUUUAUUAUUCGAAGAACAACUUAUAAUAGACAAGAAACUGUUGAGGACAAUGUUUUGUUUUUUUUAUUUUGAUUGAUUAAUUGAUUGACUGAUUGAUUGAAUAACUGAUUGAAUAACUGAUUGAAUAAUUCAUUGAAUAAUUCAUUGAUUGAUUAGUUAAUUGGUUGCCAUUCAUUGUUGAAAUAUUUUGAAUUGUAUAAUUAAAUGUAUGACAGGCAAUUAUUGUUAUUGUUGUUAUUAUUAUUAUUUCUGUUGUUGUUAUUAUUAUUAUUAUUCUUUUUAUCAUUCCCUCGUGUGUUUUAUCAGUUAUACAUAUUUAUUGAACGAAUUAAAUGAAAUUUUUUUUUAAUUUGUUAUUAUUUAACAACAAUAAUAGUAAAUAUUGUUGUUGUCGUUAUGGUUAUGAACAUUUUUAUUAUUAUUAUUGUUAUGAAUUUAUUAGUUGAUGUGUUUAUGUGUGUGUUUGUUUGCCUGUACAGGUAAAUGGAAUAAUCUUUCUACUACGUUAUUAUAAUAUAUGUGUGUUGUUGGUUUGGAAAAAAUAUUUGAAAAAACUUGAGUAUGCUCUAGCUGUUAUUUCUAUUGUUAAUUAUCAGUUUUACUAUUACUAUUAUUAUUGCUAUUAUUAUUUUUUAUUAUUAAAUUGAGAAAAAAUCAGAUUGAUAUUAUUAUAUUUUAUACAAGUACAAUAUGAAAUAUAUCGGU